AUGCAAUGGUCACAGCCCGAUUUGAUUACUGUUUCUUCUAUAAUAAAGUUUAAACCAACAAGUCGAACGCCAUCACCGAAUCGGCAGGCAUCAUCAUACCGUCACCCCAGUCACCCACAACGACGCGAUAAUGUGCAAACUUGUGCUCAUUGUGGAAGACGAGGGCACCGGGUUGACGAAUGUUGGUCAAUAGUUGGUUAUCCGGCAUCGUCGAACGGGAAUCGCGCAGGCCUCGGGUAUCGCCGCAAUAAUAACAAUUUUCUAACUGACUAUCAACAACAAAAUCGAUUAAUGAAUUCAAAUUUACGCGAACAAGAUUUGGACGAAGAUCAGCAAUUAUAUCACAGCUAUUCUCAGGAACAUACCAUCGACAAUCACAACUACAGUCGACGACGCCUAACCACACCACGACAUGAUAACCGGUCAGCAUCCGUUUGCCAAAUUAUUAUUGGUGUGAUCUUCUAUCGUAAAUCCGUUAAUGCGUGUUCGUAUUUUCCAAAAUUACCAUUAUAUUCCUGGAUAUCUGGUCUGAUAAAAAUGCCAGAUUAUGUUAUCAUAAACGCACGUGGUACUAAAAUUCAAAUACCAACAAAUAUUGCGUUACAAGUUCCACCAAUUAAAUGUUGGUUUGAAAAAUGGAUAAAGAAUAAUAACGAUGAUAAUAGUGAAUUUUACAUGAAUAGAAAUUCAGUGGAAGUUCAUCUACUAUUUGAUCAAAUUAGUAGAAAUCAUUUAUUACCAAUAGCAAAUGAAUUUUGUGUACAAAUCGAAAACAAAAUAGUACGUUUGAUUGGUAUACGAAAGUAUAAAAAAGAACAAAACGCUCGUUGGAUAAUGAAAAAUGUUUGUCCGUUCUAUGGUCUUAUAUUAAUUGAAAUAAACGAAAAAUUACUUAAAUGGUGUUAUGAUGUACAAAAAUUCUUUAAAGAACAUGUAGUUAUUAUUGACGAUAAAGAACGCAUUAGUAUAGAACAAAAAGAUAUUAUAUUUUCACAUGACAAACAGAUGGAAAAAGAACAUUGGGCAAUUAUAUACAACGAAUUAAGUAGUAUAGGAAAAAAAUAUUCAUAUAUUUAUAAAUUAUCUGUAACAAUACCAGAAUUUGAAUGCGUCUUAAAUGAAAUGAAAAUUCUUGCAAACGAUGUUGUAGUACCAUUCCAAUGGUCCUGUGAAGAUGAAGGAUUUGAUCAUCAAGAAUCUGAUACUGAGCAAAGCGAAUAA